GAAAGCACUCCUGCCAUCCCGAUGACAAGCAUGGGGACAACCUUUUCCCCGAUCACCACGGUAGGAUCAAUUGGCAUGAUCCCAAUCAUGUCGACCCCUACUCCUACGCCAACGACAACAAUGUUCCCAGGUUCGAUAACAACGCCUUGGGGAGCAUUCACACCAUACUCGUCAGCUUGGGCUCAAUUUGCUGCUGACCCGGCAAAUGCUCAGGCUCUACAGGGCUAUCAACAGGUGAUGGCCAUGAUGCAACAGGCAGGGGGCUUCAUGCCAUUUGCCUAUCCUGGCAUGACGCCACCAAUUAUGCCACCUCCGGUGUCGACCCCGUCGACAUUUGUCCCUAGGAUGGUCCCUAUACGCCCGGUGAAUUUGAUGGGGACCAUGAAUGAAGCAGCACCCUCAAAUGUCCAUGAGGUCGACGAGGCGGAGCAAGAGGCGGCCCGCAGAAGAAAGGGUAAGGCUAUAGCCAAGCCCAACAAAACUCGGGAUUCAGCGUUCAAACGCCUAGGGGACAAGGAAGAUGGACCCCGCAAGUCUGCCAAGCUACGUCUUGGUCCUGAGAUGGGCCGGACUAGCGCAAUGGAAAGACUUGUCGGGAGUCGUCACGCCCAAUCUCGUCGUUCUAGGGAAUCUGAGACGAUUCACCAAGACGAGGAGGAAGCAGAAAGCCAGCCCAGAGCGUCGGCAUAUACCAGGCUCUCAUACGAUGAGGAUGACCUGGACAAGAUAGGGAGCGUAGCAAGAAAGCUACGUGCCCUGGAGGAAAAGGUGGAAGCGAAGGCGGGAGCGAAAAAGCACACCCUGGCUAAAUCUCCCUUUUCGGCCAGGGUACAUGCGCAGAAGUUGAGGCGGAAGAUUAAGCUGGACGUGGAGAAAUUCGCAGGAAAGGAGGAUCCAAACGUCCACCUUGACACCUUCCACAAUGCAGCACAGAUGGCCGGGUGCACUGAUGCUGAGGAAUGCCUACUCUUCUUCUCAUCCUUGAGAGGGAGGCCAGUGGAAUGGUUUAACGGCCUUCCCCAUGGCAAGAUCGGGUCCUUUGAGAAACUUUCCAAAGUUUUCCGCAAGAAGUACCAGGACAACUGCCUCAAGAGGAAGAAGUUCACCUACCUUAACACGGUAGGGCAGAAGGAGAAGGAGUCCUUGACUCAAUUCUUGACCCGCUGGAGGGACGAGGUUGACAAGGUAGAAGAGAUGGGCGACAAGACGACCAUGUCUUUGCUGAUGAAUGCCUUCCGGUCGGGUAACCUCUACACCGAAUUCUGUAGGAGGCCACCCUCCUCUUACCAAGAAGCCUGCAAUACGGCAUGGGAGUAUGCCGAGGCGGAGGUCUUGAAUAAAAGCAAGCGGGAAUUGGAGGAAGGAUAUACAAAGGCUGUGCUCAAGGAGAUGGCCUUAAAGGGAGAGCUUAGGGAAGGUUAUGCGACGGGAAACAAGAAAGAUCCGAAAGCACACAACUGGACCCGUCCUCAGGAAAAGGAUCAAGGAAGGAGGAAAUGCAGGGAUAACAACAAGCUGGAUAAAGAAUUCAUAGAGAUGAUUGUCGGCGGCCUAGAAGGCGGGGACACUGCUUCCCAGCGGAAGAACUGGGCCAGGAGCAUGCACGUAGUGGUGGUUUCCCUGGAAUCACAAGGGAAGAUCAAGUCCGAUUCAAGCUUGGUGGUAGGCCACAUCAAUGGCAACAUGGAGGCCAAAGGAGAGAAGAUGCAGAAGUACAGAGACUUGGCAAGGGCACUAUUGAAGGACCUGACUGAGUAUGUGAUGGAGCAAAUCCCUAGGGGGGAGAACACCGAUGCUGACUUGCUAUCAAAGUUGACGAAGAUGGACAACCCAAUCCAGAUCGAGUGGAGCCAGAUGACGUUUGGAUGGAUGACCGAGCAAUUCCCUGAAGAUGAGGACAGGGUGAGAAAAGUAAAGUUGAGGGCUCCAAGAUUCCAAAUGAUCGAUGGAAGGCUAUACAAAAGAGCAUUCGGUGGUCCAUUGCUAAGGUGCUUGACAGGGGCAGAGGCGGAAAGAGUGAUCGCCGAAGUUCAUGAGGGUGUCUGCGCAGCCCACCAAAUGUCUAGGACACUCGCACAAAGGAUCAUUUUGCUAGGUUAUUUCUGGCCUACAAUGAACCAAGAUUGCGAGAGGUAUGUCCAGAAGCGCAAGAUUUUCCAGGUAUUCUACAAGUUUCCGGGAAGGCCUGCGACCUACUACCACCCAGUUUCCAAUGUCAUUCCAUUCGCAAGGAUUACUCACAACAAGGCUUCCGUGGCCUACCCGCAAGGGAAUGGCCAGGUGGAGAAUGCGAACUGCAUAAUAGUCGAUGGGAUCAAAAAGCGGUUGGGUGAGGUAGGAACGAAUUGGUUAGAGGAGUUGCCACAUAUCAUCUGGGCUUACCGGGUCACUUCAAGAAGGGCCAUAGGGGAGACACCCUUCGUCCUUACAUAUGGGUGUGAGGCCAGACUACCAAUUGAAGCUAAAAUAAUGACCUUUUGGGAGAAGGUCUAUGAAGAGAAAGGGAAUGAAGAGGAUCACUUGGCGGAGUUGAACUUGUUGGAGGAAAGGCGGAUGGUCGCUGAGGCUAAAAUGAUAGAAUAUCAGCAGGCAGCCAAGGCCUAUCAUGAUAACAAGGUAGGGCCUCGAUACUUCCAAGUGGGUGAUGAAGUCCUGAGACGAAGGGAGGCCAGCAAACCCGGAGACGGGGGAAAACUUGCAAAGAAAUGGGAAGGCCCAUAUAGGAUCACAGGAAUACUACGCCCUGGGACAUACAAAUUAGAAACAAUGGAAGGUCGAGAGUUGGAAAGGUGCUGUAAUUCCCACCACCUUAGAAAAUUCUACCGAUAGGCCAAAUUGGCAGGGCAUGUAUUUUUAAUACCCCUUCGAUGAUAAGUAAGAGCUUUCUUCAAUAUUUGUGUUGCUGGGUCAGUAAUACUAAAAUAAAAUGUCUUGAUGUAAUAGGCAAGGUCAAAAAAAGAGAGUUAAACCCU